AUGGGGUACCUCGAAGCAACGUUUCAAAUACUGACAGUCAGCUCAUCCAUCAUGGUGCGCCUUUCGCCUUGGCCGGAUUUCCAGCGCAUUUACAAGACCAAAAACACUGGCGAAGUACAAAUCCUUCCUGUGGUGAUGCUUUUUGCCAAUUGCGUCGUGCUCGGAUGGUUUGGCUACUUGUCCGAGAACAUUUUUCCGCUCUUCGUAACUGCCAUGCUAGGACUCGUCACUUGCGGAGGAUUCAUCGCAGUCUUUUACCGCUACGCUGACGACAAACGAUCCGUUCACAAAAUUGGCGCUGUCGCUUUAGUUGUUAUCGUACUUGUGUGUCUGUACGGUGCCAUUGGCCUUGCAGGCAUUACGGGACAGUCAAAGUCUUCUAUGGCUACAGCUAUGGGUGCAUUUUCCGUUGCUACGUCCAUUGGUCUAUAUAGUUCCCCGCUUGCUACAAUCAAGCGAGUUGUGCGCAGUAAAUCGACGGCCUCAAUGCCAUUUACGCUCUGUCUCGCGAACUUUUUCAGCAGCGUAUGCUGGGCGGUCUAUGCGAUCAUUAUCAUGGACGUGUGGAUCCUACUCCCGAACAUUUUCGGCUGUGUGCUUACGAUGAUCCAGUUGGCUUUGUAUGUCAUCUAUCCUACCUCAAAGGUGGUGGAGUCACAGCUUGAGGUUGUGAUAGUCGACCACUCCGGUGCCACAACUGAGCACGAGCUUAAGAUCGCACUGUCGAGUGUUUUGGACACUGACACACUGCAAGGAGGUCAUCUAGGAAGGAAGAGUAGCAUUGGGCAUAACGAAUGCUUUGUCGCGGUUCAAUCGCCUGUAACGCAGUGA